AAAAGCUCAUUCUCACACGUUUCUAUCCACAGCACAAUAGAAUUGAAAGCAAGAUGCCGAAGGUCAGCAAGGUUGGUAAAUUCCGCAAGACGGCUGCUGCCGCGGCAGCCUCCAUGGAGGUGGACAUGAAGGAAACGAAACGCAAGGAACAAGACGAAAGUAUGGAUACCAGUGACGACAAGAACAAGACACGACCACGUCGCAAAGUGGAACGAUCCAAGAGCUUUACCCAGAUCAUGCAGCAACAAUCCAAGAAAUCUCACAACAUCAAGGAAAAGGAAACAACCAGUACAACUAAUGAUGAAGUAUCCGAGGGUACAGACAAGUCAGCAGCAGCAACCAAGGACAACAAAGACAAUACUACAGCACUCAGUCGAGGCCAACGGAGACGUCUCGCCAAACGAGAACAAUAUCUGAAACGAGAACGAAUGAUUCUCUCAUCCCUCAAAUUAAAAGAGGAAGAUCAACAAAAGAAACGGAUCGAUGGUCUGGAUGCUCUCAAGCAAGCUUUGAUGGAAACUGUCCGUGAAAAACCUGUCAGCACAGACAAGCCACCAGCAGACAAGCCAGAACAAUCCGCCAUCACCACCAACAAGGCCAAGCGCAACAUUGUGGCAUCGGAAUUGCAUCACAUGGGAUUGGUGUUGCAACAUCCCGCCUUUCAAGAAAAUCCAUUUGCAGCCUUGCAGCUGCAUCUCAAAAAUACACUCCAAUCACAGGGAGAAGAACAAGCGAAACAGGGCGAAGCAAAAAUCCAACAACGAGAUGCCGCCAAGGUGCAACGCAAGCAACAACGAAAAGAGCGAUUGAAGGAAACAAAUUCCAAAAAGAAACAUCAUUCCAAGUUCAAAGCUACGCGAUCCAGAUCAUCCAAGAGAUAGCAAAUUUUGUGUUGGGCGGUAACGAGAAUUCAUUGCACUCACUAUUUUAGUGCCAGCUCUUGACAAUCCAUCCUGGAAAAAUUGCACAUACCGUAACUAGUAGAGGACAGUAAUUCAUAGCUAUGAAUCUUUUCGGGUC